AUGGCAGACACAAAACUUAUGGCAUCUGUAAGCGAGUCAUCUCUGUCCCGAAGAUCAAUGAGAUUAUCAAUAGAUGCCAAUCUAAGGCACCUUGAAUACAGCCCAAUGAAAAGAGCCCAUGUUGUUUUACCAAAAAUCUCAAACAGCCAACAGCUUAUACCUAUUUACUAUUUUAGCAUUCUUUAUUUACUAAUUGAAAUAAAAUUGCGACAUUUAUGGAAGAUAGACUAGGGCUAGCUCUAUGAGUAGGCAAGAUCCAUUUAUAUCUGCAGAAAGUUGAGUGUUUAUACUACCUGGAGUAAACAAUGGUUUGGGAUGCAUAGCUGAAGAGUGGAGGUUUUUUUUCUAAGUUUUUCUAUGCCAGACAGAUGGCCUACACAGGUUUUGCAACUCACAUGGUUUCUUUAUAUCGAAGUUAUCGCAUAUAACCCAAAAAGGUGAAUUUUUAAUCAUACCUGAUAUUUCCUCUCAGGCAUAUACUUAUAUAGUGCAGGCUACUACUAUUUAAGACAAAAUGGUGAGGCUAGUGUGCAAUAGUUUAGGACUUUAUAAAUUAAAUCUUAAUCCUUAUUUACAAAUAAAAAUCCUAAUCACAAUAUCUAUAUUUACCCUAAAUGCAAUAGUUUAUUUAAGCUGCUAGCCCUCCACGCCAAUAGUAGUCUUUUAAACAUCAACGUCCCCACAACAUUAAUCCGCAUUGAAGAUUCUAAUUAUCCUUUCCUUGUGCAAAGCAAUAAAAAUGGGACAGUUAUGUCUCGGCUAUGUCUCGAUCAAGAGUUCUUUUUACUAACUGUCCCCCUUUAAGAACAUGUAAGAUUGAUUUGCAGGCUUUUAAAGAAGGAUUAAUUUUAUUUUUUUUAAAAAAAAAUGUAAAAUCCGAAUUUUAAAUAUAAGAAAAGAAAAAUCUAUUAUAAAUUUAUAUAGAAACAAUUUGUCUAAAAUUUAAUAUAAUUUCGUAUGAGGAUUUUUAAAUGUUUAAAACCAAUUUAUAUUAAAAAGAUUUAGAAGGAGGAAGAGUAAGCCCUGAAAAGAUCUCACAAGAUAUUCCUUUAUAUUGCUAUAAAAUCCCUAAUACAGAUACUGUUUUUCUGUAUUCAAAAGAAAGUGCUGAAGAGGUAUGGAGACAAUCGACUGAGCCUGUAUGCAUGAUGCAGCAUUUUACUGCUUGUCAGACAAAAAAUGCUGCGAUUACUCGUGUUUAUUGGAAAAUCGGGUCCAAAAGUCAGCAUUUUGUAAUAAUAAAUAGGGAAAACCCUAAAUGUAACUCAAGCGUCAAUAUGAAAAAAACGCAAACACCAGUCGCUAAUAGGAAAAAAAGGAGUCUGACUAUGGUUGGAGACUUCAAAUGGUCAGAUUUAAUAUCAAAAACUUCUAAGUCCAUUAACAACCCUUUUAAUGUAAAUCCUCUUGCAAAAACUACCAAAAAAAAGAAAUUCUCAAGAAUGAUGGCAAUUGAUACUAAUGAAAACCGGUUAUUAGGACUUUUAGAAAGCCCUAAAGGCUUAGAUAGCUUGCCAUCUAAUGAGGAUGGCUCAAACCCUAUUGUAAAUACCAAGGCUCCAGAUAGUUUUUUUGUCAUAGAAGACAGCACAAAAGUUAUAGAAAUUGAAAGCAUGGUCCAGCAAAUAAUUGCUUUUCUUAAUGGAAAUUACUUUAAAGGUUCAGAGCUAAAAGAAAUAAUUAUUGAUUUUAUUCAAGAUAGAAAGAAAAAAUGGGUAUUUUUAGACUGCAGAGAAUAUUCAGCGUUCAGCAGGUCACCGUCAGAUUCUUUAAUUAAAAAAAGAACAGAGCUGGAGCCACUUUCAAAGAGAAGGACAAUGUCCUUUGGAGGGACUCAAAAAAUUGUGAAUCCUGAACCAAUUUUAAUUGGCGAUAUACCAGUUGAUGACCAAAGGGAAACAACGGAUGAAGAUAAGUCAAAACCAGCUUCAGAAAGUCCUAAGCUCUAUCGAAGAUCCCAAAAUGUAAUAGAAAACGAAUUUAUGGAAAGAUUCAAUAAAGUUAACCAAAAAUUAGAUAAUAUAAUUAAACUACAGCCUCAAAAUGUUAGAACAAUGAACUUAAAAGAGCAGAGCAUAAAAGCUUAUCAAAACAGAUAUUCUUUAAAUCAGAAUGUAGAAACUAAUGAAAGUGAACAAGAAUUCUCUGAGGUUUCUAAAAGCCAAUGUCCUUAUAAGUCUGCUGAAGCAAAUUCCUUGUGGAAUGAUAAAUCAAAUGAGUAUAUUAAUCGAUGCUUUUUAGAUAUCAUUGGGAAAAUUGAUGAAAUGAAUAUGAAUACAGAGCUUUUAAGAGUAAAGAGGAGGAAUUUAAUAAGAAAAUAUGGCGGUGAAGAGUUUUGGUAUCAAUUUAUAAACCAACUGUAUGAUCAAGUUAUGUCCCAUGAGUCUCUUAAAAAAUACUUCAAAAAUACUAACUUUGUGAUGAUUAUUGGUGGGAUGCUAAAAUUGUUCAAUGGAUGUGCCACAUUGGAAUUCCGUAGGAAAAUUAAAGCAGCUCACGAAUUUUUGGGAAUUUCAGAAAGAGAUUUUUUCUUGUAUUCCACUAUAUUUGAGGAUACUUUAAAAGCUUUCAAAAUCGAACCUGAAGAUAGGCAGUCAAUUAUGAACCAAAUUAAAUCUAUGAAGUGUUUAAUUUGUAGACAAUCUUUCCCGUAA